CCGCUCCGCGUCGACCAGUUUGAGCACAUGCUGGCGUCGUACUUUCACGACCAGCUGCCUGAAGAUGCCGCCCUCUUGCACGAGCUCUCGACAGCGUACGCGCCGACGGAGGCGCAUGGAAAACUGAACGCGCGCGAGUUUCUCGGUGACGUCGCCGGGUAUCUCUGGUCACUGCUCUUGAACUCGGGGCAUGACGAGUGCUGCGCUCGGUUUUACUUUCGGUUCUACGACUACGACAGCGACGGGUGCAUCACGCGCGAAGAGCUGAGCAGCGUCGUUUGCGCGAGCUUUGGGGCCAUGGGCCAAGACUUGCUCGACACGAUGAAGCUGCUCCAGGAGAUCGAUACCAACGGCGACGGCGAGCUGAGCAAAGAAGAGUACCUCGAGGCCGCCAAGCGCAUCCCGAUUCUCCUGGCCUCCAUUUACAUUUGCAUCUAAAACACUACCAUCCAAC